AGGAUAGCUGUAAAGACUCUGACACUAGUCAGUGACUUGAUGCAAUUUGCUGGGUUCCUUAUAUAGGAAACAUUAUUUCUGAUUGGCUUAAUGAACUGACCUGAAUUGGAAUGUUUAUUAUGUGAAGUGCCUUGAGACGACUCUUGUCGUGAUUUGGCGCUAUAUAAAUAAACUUGAAUUGAAUUGAAUAAUUAUUAUUAUUAUAUGAGCCAGGGAGGAUAGACUUUAUUCAGAGAGGAUACAUAAGAGUCCUGCGUCUCCUGCAGCCUUGAUGCUGUUCUGGCACACCACAGGAUAAAUUAGGAGUAUUGACUCAAGUUCAUAGACUUCAUAUCAACAUCAGUGUCAGAUUGACCUGCAUGAAGAAGUCUGGCCUGGUUAUGUCACUAGUAUGUGUGCUUUAUUAGUCACACACUGAACACACAGGUUCUUGCUGUUCAUCCAGAGUCGUGUCCACUAGGUGGCAGCAGUGCACCUUUACGUUGGUUGUACAGAAGAAGAAGAAACCCGGAAGCUGCUAGCAGCGCUAGCUUGUUGUUGUGCUGGUGUGUGAGGUGAAUGAAUAUUUGAGUCUCUGGGAGAGUUGAUCGGCUAAAGCGACUAACUGCUGCUGCUGCAGAAAUCUUCUCACCAGGCUGUGGAAACCUUCUUCUCCUCCUCAACAACUUGGUGGACUUCUUUCCAGAACCAGAGAAGAUAUUCUGCGGUCUUCGUGGCAAUCGGAGCUCCAGAAGCAGCUGUUAGCUAAACACGGCUAAAGAAAACCUGCUACCACUUCAGGAUCAUCCAUCAGCUGGGACUGCUUCAUCAGCAUGGACACAGAUGAUCUCCAGAUGGUUAAAGAAGAAGCUCCUGAAGAUCAGAGUGCUGGUGUGGACCAGCAGCACCCAGAACAGUUCCACAUAAAGGAGGAACAGGAGGAACUCUGGACCAGUCUGGAAGGAGAGCAGCUCCUUUUGAAGAAGGAGACUAAUUCUGCCAGGUUUCCAUUCAUAUCAGGUUCUAUAAAAAGUGAGGAUGAUGAAGACAAACCUCUGGUCUUACAUCUUCUUUAUCAGCAGCAAAUAGAGGACAGAGAUGUUCCAACCAACAGCUCAGCUGACCAGACAACAGCAGAAACUGGCAGAGAAGCAGAAUCUAGCAGGAACCCAGUUCUGAACCCCGAUGAACAGAUAUCUGAUUCUUCAGAGACUGAAGUUAGUGGAGAUGAUGUGAAUCUAAAUGUUGAGCUAUUAGUCUCUAGUUCUGAAACUGGAGAUGGAGACACUGACUGCAAUGAGAGCAGGUCUUCUGAGUCAGAUAUUAAGACUGUCAACAAAUCCUUUUGCUGCCUUGAGUGUGGUAAAGAGUUUCUCCACAAGUGGUCUCUCCAGAGACAUGAAAGAGUGAUGAGCCAUUCAGCAAUAAGAUCUUCAGGAUGUGUGGUUAAUAAGAAAAAGGUUAGAGUAAAGCAACAUGUAGACUUUUGCAGGAAAGUCCAGAAUGAACCAAAAACAUUUAGUUGUGACAUUUGUCACAUUCAUAAUAAAUGUUUAAACAGACACAUGAGAGUCCACACAAGAGAGAAACCCUUUGCCUGUGAGCUCUGUGAACAAAGAUUUAGUCAUAAAUCCACAUUAAACCGUCACACAAGAGUCCACACAGGACAGAAACUGUUUGCGUGUGAGCUCUGUGGAAAAAGCUUUACUCUAAAGACAACUUUAAACACUCACAUGAGAAUCCACACAGGACAGAAACUGUUUGCGUGUGAACUCUGUGAAAAAAGCUUUAAUCGAAGGACAACUUUGAAUACUCACAUGAGAGUCCACACAGGACAGAAACUGUUUGCGUGUGAACUCUGUGGAAAAAGCUUUAAUGGAAGGACAAUUUUGAAUACUCACAUGAGAGUCCACACAGGACAGAAACCCUUUGUGUGUGAGCUCUGUGAACAAAGAUUUAGUCAAAAAUCAACAUUAAACCGUCACAUGAGAGUCCACACAGGACAGAAACCGUUUGCGUGUGAACGCUGUGGAAAAAGCUUUAAUCGAAGGACAAAUUUGAACACUCACAUGAGAGUCCACACAGGACAGAAACCCUUUGUGUGUGAACUCUGUGGACAAAGCUUUAGUCAAAAAUCAACGUUAAACACUCACAUGAGCGUCCACACAGGACAGAAACCGUUUGCGUGUGAACGAUGUGGAAAAAGCUUUAAUCGAAGGACAAAUUUGAACACUCACAUGAGAGUCCACACAGGACAGAAACUGUUUGUGUGUGAACUCUGUGGAAAAAGCUUUAAUCAAAAAAUACAUUUAAACAAUCACACAAGAGUCCACACAGGACAGAAACCUUUUGCUUGUGAACUCUGUGGAAAAAGCUUUAAUCGAAGGACAAUUUUGAAUACUCACAUGGGAGUCCACACAGGACAGAAACCAUUUGUGUGUGAACUCUGUGGAAAAAGCUUUAAUCGAAGGACACAUUUGAACACUCACAUGAGAAUCCACACUGGACAGAAACCGUUUGUGUGUGAACUCUGUGGACAAAGCUUUAAUCAAAAAAUACAUUUAAUCAAUCACACAAGAGUCCACACAGGACAGAAACCGUUUGCGUGUGAACUCUGUGGAAAAAGUUUUAAUCGAAGGACAAUUUUGAAUGCUCACAUGAGAGUCCACACAGGACAGAAACCCUUUGUGAGAAUUUCAGGAGAAGGUCACAACCAUGACUUUGGUUUUGCUCACAUUCAGUUCAAGAUUGGAGCUGUCACACCACUCUACAAACUCUUGAAGAGCAGCAUUAUUCACCAGGUGACAGUUGGGAUGUGUGGAUCUGCAGUCGUCGGUGUAGAGGAUGUAGAGCAGGGGGGAGAGCACACAGCCCUGGGGGGAGCCAGUGGAGGUGGAACGGAGACCGGAGGGACAGUUGUUGACCCAAACUUUCUGAGCCCUGUUGGUCAAAAAGUCCAGGGCUCAGUUGCUCUCACAAUGUGCUCUUUUAUGAUCUUCUCCAUGGCCUUCAUCACCAAGGAGAGGGGGGAGGGCUUUAAAUGCAUCUGGAACCGAGCCAAAGCAUUUGUCCAGAUCCUUCCCCUGACGUGUGCUGCAUGUAACAUACUGUUGGAAACCUUUAAGCAACUUGUCAGGGGAGCAGUGGUUAAAAUCGCCCAGGAUGAACUUGGGAGAGUCUGCAUCAGCUCUGGGGUGAAUGUAGACCAAGAUGAUGAAAAUCUGUGGGAAUUCUCUGGGGAGAUAAUAGGGGCGCAGGGAAACAGAAGCUCGAUAUCUGUGGUGCACAACUUCUCCCUCACAGUGACUGUAGAGCACCAGCUGCGAAAAGGUGGUGAAAAGCCAUCAAUGUGCAGCGUGCUGUCAUCGUCACUGUUGUUUAACCAUGACUCGGUGAAUGCCAGAACAGAAGCUGUUCGGUACUCAUGCAAGUGGUUGACGCAAGCUUGCAGCUCGUCUAGCUUUUGUCAAAUUUUCGUGUCCACGGAGUAUUUCCUCGGGAAAGAAAUCCGUAGGAACAGGGCGGAAAGGCUGUUGUCUGGGUUGCCGCUGCCGAUGAAUGAGGAAGUCUCUGAUGUUCUCCAGAUGGUUAAAGAAGAAGCUCCUGAAGAUCAGAGUGCUGGUGUGGACCAGCAGCACCCAGAACAGUUCCACAUAAAGGAGGAACAGGAGGAACUCUGGACCAGUCUGGAAGGAGAGCAGCUCCUUUUGAAGAAGGAGACUAAUUCUGCCAGGUUUCCAUUCAUAUCAGUUUCUAUAAAAAGUGAGGAUGAUGAAGACAAACCUCUGGUCUUACAUCUUCUUUAUCAGCAGCAAAUAGAGGACAGAAAUGUUCCAACCAACAGCUCAGCUGACCAGACAACAGCAGAAACUGGCAGAGAAGCAGAAUCUAGCAGGAACCCAGUUCUGAACCCCGAUGAACAGAUAUCUGAUUCUUCAGAGACUGAAGUUAGUGGAGAUGAUGUGAAUCCAAAUGUUGAGCUAUUAGACUCUAGUUCAGAAACUGGAGAUGGAGACACUGACUGCAAUGAGAGCAGGUCUUCUGAGUCAGAUAUUAAGACUGUCAACAAAUCCUUUUGCUGCCUUGAGUGUGGUAAAGGGUUUCUCCACAAGUGGUCUCUCCAGAGACAUGAAAGAGUGACGAGCCAUUCAGCAAUAAGAUCUUCAGGAUGUGUGGUUAAUAAGAAAAAUGUUAGCGUAAAGCAACAUGUAGACUUUUGCAGGAAAGUCCAGAAUGAACCAAAAACGUUUAGUUGUGACAUUUGUCACAUUCAUAAUAAAAGUUUAAACAUACACAUGAGAGCCCACACAAGAGAGAAACCCUUUGCCUGUGAGCUCUGUGAACAAAGAUUUAGUCAUAAAUCCACAUUAAACCGUCACACAAGAGUCCACACAGGACAGAAACUGUUUGCGUGUGAACUCUGUGGAAAAAGCUUUAAUCAAAGGACAAUUUUGAAUACUCACAUGAGAGUCCACACAGGACAGAAACCCUUUGUGUGUGAGCUCUGUGAACAAAGAUUUAGUCAUAAAUCCACAUUAAACCGUCACACAAGAGUCCACACAGGACAGAAACUGUUUGCGUGUGAACUCUGUGGAAAAAGCUUUAAUCAAAGGACAAUUUUGAAUACUCACAUGAGAGUCCACACAGGACAGAAACCCUUUGUGUGUGAGCUCUGUGAACAAAGAUUUAGUCAAAAAUCAACAUUAAACACUCACAUGAGAGUCCACACAGGACAGAAACCGUUUGCGUGUGAACGCUGUGGAAAAAGCUUUAAUCGAAGGGCAAAUUUGAACACUCACAUGAGAAUCCACACAGGACAGAAACCCUUUGUGUGUGAGCUCUGUGAAAAAAGAUUUAGUCAAAAAUCAACAUUAAACACUCACAUGAGCGUCCACACAGGACAGAAACCGUUUGCGUGUGAACGCUGUGGAAAAAGCUUUAAUCGAAGGACAAAUUUGAACACUCACAUGAGAAUCCACACAGGACAGAAACUGUUUGUGUGUGAACUCUGUGGAAAAAGCUUUAAUCAAAAAAUACAUUUAAAAUAUCACACAAGAGUCCACACAGGACAGAAACCUUUUGCGUGUGAACUCUGUGGAAAAAGCUUUAAUCGAAGGACAAAUUUGAACACUCACAUGAGAGUCCACACAGGACAGAAACCAUUUAUGUGUGAGCUAUGUGGACAAACAUUUAGUUUUAAGCCAACAUUAAACACUCAUAUGAGAUUCCACACAGGACAUAAACCUUUUGCCUGUGAACUCUGUGGAAUAAGCUUUACUCUAAAGACACAUUUAAACAAUCACAUAAGAGUCCACACUGGACAGAAACCUUUUGCGUGUGAACUCUGUGGAAAAAGCUUUACUCAAAAGACAACUUUAAACAAUCAUAUGAGAGUCCACACAGGACAGAAACCAUUUGCGUGUGAGCUAUGUGGAAAAAGCUUUAAACAAAGAACAAAUUUGAACACUCACAUGAGAGUCCACACAGGACAGAAACCUUUUGCAUGUGAACGCUGUGGUAAAAGUUUCAAUCAAAAAAUACAUUUAAACAAUCAUAUGAGAGUCCACACAGGACAGAAACCGUUUGCGUGUGAGCUCUGUGGAAAAAGCUUUAAUCAAAGGACAAUUUUGAAUACUCACAUGAGAGUCCACACAGGACAGAAACCCUUUGUGUGUGAGCUCUGUGAACAAAGAUUUAGUCAUAAAUCCACAUUAAACCGUCACACAAGAGUCCACACAGGACAGAAACUGUUUGCGUGUGAACUCUGUGGAAAAAGCUUUAAUCAAAGGACAAUUUUGAAUACUCACAUGAGAGUCCACACAGGACAGAAACCCUUUGUGUGUGAGCUCUGUGAACAAAGAUUUAGUCAAAAAUCAACAUUAAACACUCACAUGAGAGUCCACACAGGACAGAAACCGUUUGCGUGUGAACGCUGUGGAAAAAGCUUUAAUCGAAGGGCAAAUUUGAACACUCACAUGAGAAUCCACACAGGACAGAAACCCUUUGUGUGUGAGCUCUGUGAAAAAAGAUUUAGUCAAAAAUCAACAUUAAACACUCACAUGAGCGUCCACACAGGACAGAAACCGUUUGCGUGUGAACGCUGUGGAAAAAGCUUUAAUCGAAGGACAAAUUUGAACACUCACAUGAGAAUCCACACAGGACAGAAACUGUUUGUGUGUGAACUCUGUGGAAAAAGCUUUAAUCAAAAAAUACAUUUAAACAAUCACACAAGAGUCCACACAGGACAGAAACCUUUUGCGUGUGAACUCUGUGGAAAAAGCUUUAAUCGAAGGACAAAUUUGAACACUCACAUGAGAGUCCACACAGGACAGAAACCAUUUGUGUGUGAGCUAUGUGGACAAACAUUUAGUUUUAAGCCAACAUUAAACACUCAUAUGAGAUUCCACACAGGACAAAAACCUUUUGCCUGUGAACUCUGUGGAAUAAGCUUUACUCUAAAGACACAUUUAAACAAUCACAUAAGAGUCCACACUGGACAGAAACCUUUUGCGUGUGAACUCUGUGGAAAAAGCUUUACUCAAAAGACAACUUUAAACAAUCAUAUGAGAGUUCACACAGGACAGAAACCAUUUGCGUGUGAGCUAUGUGGAAAAAGCUUUAAACAAAGAACAAAUUUGAACACUCACAUGAGAGUCCACACAGGACAGAAACCUUUUGCAUGUGAACGCUGUGGUAAAAGUUUCAAUCAAAAAAUACAUUUAAACAAUCAUAUGAGAGUCCACACAGGACAGAAACCGUUUGUGUGUGAACUCUGUGGAAAAAGCUUUAAUCGAAGGACAAAUUUGAACACUCACAUGAUAGUCCACACAGGACAGAAACUCUUUGCCUGUGAGUUAUGUGGACAAAGAUUUAGCUAUAAGAAAAAUUUAAACAGUCACAUGAGAGUCCACAAAGGACACUACAAAUAAAUUUAAAGUGCACUUUUACUAAUAAACAGUAUAAGUACGUGACUAAAAAUGCUGUAGACAAGUCAAAUCUUUUGGCAAACAUGUUUUACUGGAAAUACGCAGAUUAACCGCUCAGGUGAUAACACAGAUCCAAAUUUCUGAUCCCAGCAGCUGCAGGUGGAUGAAGACACUCUUCUAAAGAAGACUGGCUGAUGUUGGUUAUACAGACCUGAUUUCAGGAAAACAUCCUCAUUAAAAUAUUCUGAGCCACCGUAAAGUCCUGUCUGCAGUAAAAACUUAACGCAAAUUAAAUGCUGUUCGUUUUGAAUACAUGAUAAACACACAAGCUUCCUCUCUCUCUCUCUCUCUCUCUCUCUCUCUCUCUCUCUCUCUCUCUCUCUCUCUCUCUCUCUCUCUCUCUCUCUCUCUCUCUCUCUCUCUCUCUCUCUCUGUCUCUGUCUCUGUCUCUCUCUCUCUGCACAACCAUCAGACCUGUGGAGAAAAAAACCCCACCUUUAACUAAUCCUCCAACCUUAAUAUUGUCAGCAAUUAAUGCAGCGAAGCAUAAUUUACCUGCAGUUAUUCAAUAGUGAAGCAAACCUUUGCUUUCAUCAGCAAAAAUACAUAAAAUUAUUCAGUAAAUCAGGAAUGCAGGAAGAAACGUUUUUUCUUUUGUUACAUUUUUCACUUCAGUUCAAACUAUUUAAAAGUUUGUAUUUUCAUCACAUUUAGCUUGUGUUUUAUUAAAAACCUUCAGCUUUAUUCAUUUGAUCAGAACAUUUGUUUUGCUUUGUUUGGAAAAAUAAUAAAAAUGAAAGAAUUACUUGAAAAGUUUUCUAUUAAAUGCCAUUUAAAGAACGUUAAAUGUUAUUUAAAAGGCAAUCAAUAGUUUGUGUAAGUAUUUGUUCAUUUAUGACAAAAACUAUGAAAAACUGACAUGGCUGUUUAGGAUCCGGGCAGGGCUCAGGGUCAGGGACUGAACAGGUUAGCCUUUCCCGUGUGCUCAAAAAGUUCUGUCACUGAUCCAUUCUAAAGUAAAUGUCAGACCAUUCACACGACGCAGAUUAGUAUUUUAUUCUCUGAAAGUAUCUGAUUAGUUAACAAAAAGUGUGUCACUAUUUUCCUUGUCAUUACUUUGUAAUAUUGAUGUGUAGAAAAAUCAACUUGUGACUACAAUGCAUGUUUAGCGUUUUAUACAUAAGCGUAUUCACACAUGGAAAAUAUCAAUGGGAAUAAAUGGUAUGGCCGCAGCUCUUCGAUACUUUCAUUGUGUAAAAGUAGCUCAUGGGCCAAAAGAGGUUGGAGACCCCUGGCGUUCUCCGUCAUUCAGGUGUUCUGUUGUCCUUUUAGGUAAAGCAGCUGUUACAGCAUGUUGGAGAUAUCUUACAAUGUUUGUUUUACUUCUUUUUAUGUGACUUUUCUAAUAUUCUUUAGUUUCAUGAGACGUUUCACUUAGAUUAACGUUGACUUUGUUGGUUCUAGAUCUUAGCAACGAUCUUUAUGCUUCCUGCUUCGUUUCUUCUCAUUGUCAUCAGAAUUAAAAGCUUGAAUCCA